GUUAAUCAGGAAGAGGCAGGGAGUUCUCGGCAAAGGCGAGCCAGGGAAGACGCAGCUGCGGCGCCGGGCACAUUAUGCACGCUGAGCUACUUGGGGAUGAUGUAUGUGGGUUAUCUGUUGGAUAAAGACACCAACAUGUACCCCAACCCGGUCAGGCACCCGAGCCUGAACCUCAGCCCCCCAAAUUAUGUGCCUGUGCCCCCUCAAUACUCGGAUUUUGCCAGCUACCACCACAUGCCCGGGAUUAACAGCGAUCCUCACCAGGGGCAGCCCGCGGGUACCUGGGGCUCUCCGUACCCGCCUACUAAAGAGGACUGGCACUCCUACGGCGCAGGAGCCCCUUCUUCUGUCGCCAGCCCGGGGCAACUAGGAUACAGCCCCCCGGAUUUCAAUCCAAUUCCGCCACCUGGCUCUGGACUGCUGCCUCCGCCCAUGAGCGCCCCAGUCCCCCAGCUCUCCCCAAACUCGCAAAGGCGCACGCCUUAUGAGUGGAUGAGGCGCCACGUUCCCACUAGCAACAACAGUGGCAAGACCAGAACAAAAGACAAGUACCGUGUGGUAUAUACAGACCACCAGCGCCUGGAACUCGAGAAGGAAUUCCACUACAGCCGCUACAUCACCAUCCGGCGGAAAGCAGAGCUGGCAGCAGCCCUGGGGCUCACUGAGCGGCAGGUAAAAAUCUGGUUCCAGAACCGGCGAGCGAAGGAGAGGAAGGUGAACAAGAAGAAGAUGCAGCAGCAAACGCAGCCUGCCAGCACGACCACGCCCACCCCGCCAGCGGUCGGCACCCCUGGCCCAAUAGGGGGCAUCUGCAGCAGCACCACCAAUCUAGUCGCCUCCUCACCAAUGACUAUCAAGGAAGAAUUCAUGCCUUAAGCCCGGCCUUCCCAUUAGAUCUUCAGACUAACUGGCCCAGAAUGACAUGGGUGACCCUGAGAGUCAGACCAGUUGUCAGGCUCUCAACACUCACCCAGAUGGAACCCAGUGGCUUUUUGUAUAUGCUGCUCUCCUGGACCAAUAUAAUCAACUCAUUCCUAGGAAGUAAAACAAAAUAGCCUGUUGCUGUUUAGGAAAAGA